AUGUGGGAACGCACGCUCCAGGACCUCAUUCGCGGCCUGCGCGCCAACAAGAAGGAUGAGAGCAAGUUCAUCGCCCAGGCCGUGGACGAGAUCCGCAACGAGAUCAAGAGCAAGGACAUGGAGAUCAAGGCCGCCGCCGUGCUCAAGCUCACAUACUUGCACAUGUUGGGGUACGACAUGUCCUGGGCAUCGUUCCAUGUCGUGGAGGUCAUGUCGGUUCCGCGGAUACACCUCAAGACGAUCGGGUACCUCGCCGCGGUGCUGUCGUUCCAGCAGGACACGGAUGUGCUCAUGCUUACUACCAAUCUCCUUAAGAAGGACCUCGGUUCAAGGCCCGAGGACGUCGCUGUCGCGCUUAACGGCCUAUCACAGAUAGUAACACCAGAGCUGGCGCGGGACCUUGCGCCAGAGCUCAUUGCGAUGCUCAACCAUUCGCGGCCGCACAUACGGAAGCGCGCAGUACUCGCGCUCUACAAGGCUAUCAUCCGAUACCCGGAAGUCCUUCCGCAAUGUAUGACCCGACUACGAGAGAAGCUAGACGACUCAGAUGAUGGCGUAGUGGCAGCGACGGUCAAUGUCCUGUGCGAACUGGUACACCAGAAUCCAAGGGAUUACCUACCAUUGGCGCCUCAGCUGUUCCACCUAUUGACAACCUCCUCGAACAAUUGGAUGCUGAUCAAAAUUAUCAAACUUUUCGGGACUCUGACCCCACACGAGCCUCGACUGGUGAAGAAGCUACAGCCUCCCAUCACAGACCUCAUCUCGACCACUUCAGCAAUAUCCUUGCUGUACGAGUGCGUUCGGACAUGUAUAAUCGGGGGCAUGCUCCAGGGCUACGGCGGAAGCCAGCUUGCCAGGACGUGCGUUACCAAACUAGCGGGCUUCUUGCAAGACCGAGACCAAAACUUGAAGUACAUCGCGCUGCUGGCAUUGGUCAAGAUCGUGCCCACGCACCCAGAACUUGUAGCGGAGUACCAAGACAUGAUUCUUGCCAGCGUCAACGACGAAGACAUCAGCAUCCGCAUGCGCGCGCUCGACCUUGUGUCGGCCAUGGUUAGCCGACACAACCUUCAGCCAAUCAUCCAACACCUACUCUCUCACCUCGUCAAGAGCGAGCCCUCCGCCCUGCCUUCGGCGUCCGAAGCGCUUUCACAGUUUGCAGGUUCUACACAGGCCCCGCCCGUCAAGCCCGGCGUAUCACCCGCGCAGUCUCCGGCAUACAGGCUGACGCUUGCCCAGCGCAUCCUGGCGCUCGGUGCCCAGGACGUGUACGACAACGUCACAGACUUCGAAUGGUAUAUUUCCGUCCUCGUUGACCUGGCAUACGUUGGGCGCGUGAAUGUGGGCGCCGAAAUCCGGGAGCAGCUCGUCGACAUCGCGGGGCGUGUGCGUGGCGCGCAGCGCUACGCCGUGCAAUUCAUGCUCAAGCUUCUAACGGAUGAUGCGUUCCUGCACAACGCGCCCGAAGAUGGUGGCUGCCCCGAGGUGCUGUGGGCGGCUGCGUGGAUAUGCGGCGAGUACUGCAGUGAGCUCGCCGAGCCACAGAAGCUCCUGUCGCACCUACUCCAACCGGGCAUCAACACGCUCCCGCCGGAUGUCGUCGCCGUGUACGUGCAGGCGGCACUGAAGGUCUUCGGGUCCUGGGCAGCUGAGCUCGCCGAGCGCUGGGACGAUGACGAUUUGCCCCGUGUCCAGGGCGUCGUCGGCGACAUCCUCGAGCGCCUCCAGAGCUUCGCGGCCCAUCCGGACAUCGAAGUACAAGAGCGGGCGGCUGAGGCGCUCCAGCUCUUCGCAUUCAUACGUGCGGACCUCGCUUCACACAAACCCAAGCCGCGCGCGGAUGCGCUGUACGGUGACGCCGGCGGGAGCGGCUUCGGAGAGUCUGAGUCUGCUGAGCCGCGCUUCCCGAAGAGCCUCUACCUCCUCAAGCCGCUAUUUAGCGCACACCCUCUCAACGCUGUCGCACAGGGUGCACAAGCAGUCCUUCCCGUGCCUGACGGGCUUGACCUCGACGUCUGGAUUGUGCCCUGGCAGGAAGAGACCGGCCCCGUGGCCGACUUGGGCGAAGACACCGAGGGCAAGAAGGUGAAGAAGGGCAAGAAGAAGGACAGGGAUGCCGGGAAGACGAAGCGUAAAGGAAAGGCGAAGGCCAUCCUCGACGGUAACGGCGACUACGACGAGGACGGGGCGCGCAGCGCGUCUCCGACGCCCGUAGCCGAGACCGCGGAGGAACGAGCAGAACGGGAGCGGGUGAGCGAUCUCAUCCCCAGGAAGGCGGAGCGGCUAGAGCGCCUGCGGGACGACCCGUACUACCUCAUGGACGACCGGCCUUCAUCGACCCGCGCGGCGAGUAUGAACGCCGCAGACGUAGACGCCAUCCCGGUGGUCAGACUCGACGACCUGCCGCCGCUGUCCGCACAAGCGGCGACACCGCGCUUCCCUGGGUUGCGCAGCUCACCGACCCCGGCAGCGCAGACCUUCGUCAUCGACAAGACUGGGGAGAUGCCUGAGGGCGCCGUGGCGCCCCCGCGGUCCGCGGCGGGUACACCCAAACCCGCGUUGCUUGGGAACGGCCAUGGGGCGGCUGGCGCAGCUGCGCCGCCACCAUCGCGCUUCGCGCCGUAUGACCUCGACGUCGACGAGCCGCGCCCGGGGACGCCGCAGCCUAUCAAGGUCACGCGGGCGAAGAAGAAGGCGUCGGGCGGGGGCAAGAAGGAAAAGAAACGGACACCUAAGACGGAUGGCACUAGCACGCCCGCAGCGGCGCCGUGA